AUGUCGUUCCAGGACGAGGGCACUUGCAACAAGAUCGUUCGGCACGUGCUCAACUGUUUGAAUUCCAUUCAAGCAACACCGCAAGGGGCGCGCGUGUUUGAACGGCACGUGUGUGAGCCUUCCGGCCAGCAUGUCGCCAUUCAUGGACCCAUCGACUAUGAUGCAGUGGUGACGCCGGAGACCGUGAACAUCAACUGUACCUUUGACGCGGGCUACUCGUUUGUUGGCUACACGCUUGACCCCCUCGCUCUGAAGGAGAUUGUUGAGCAACAGCAGUACUCGACUUGCGUCAAAUCAGUGGAAUACACUCCUGAAAAGAGAUAUGCGGGUCUGAAGAUUCUGUUUGUUCCUCCGCAAGCAAGCAACUCAACGGAUCCCAAGAAUAAGAGAGAAGUUUUCAUCGGCAUCUUCCCUUCCUCCAAGACCGUCAUCACUGGUUAA